CUCCGGGCCGCGUUACCGGAGCCCAGGAAGCCGCGGGGCCGCCUUCCCCGGCGCGCCAGGAAGCUCUUCCUUCUCCCUGGCCCCGAAGUUCGGCCGCGGGGAGGUUUGGGAGCCAGGCUGGGGGAGUGGGACCCCGGGUUUUGGUUCUUAACCCUGACUCUCCGUGCCGGGGGGCACGGCCUUUUUGCACGUUUCGCAGGGGAAGAGUUGUGGGGUCUCGGGGAGAUGACGACACUGACGCACCGGGGCCGGCGUGCUGAGGCGGGAAGGACCUCGGACAAGAAGCCUGACGGUGAGGAAGACGUGGCUGUGGACAGAGACCUGAAUGAUGGUGACCCUGAUGACUCCAAAGAUAUCCACCUAACACUCAUGGAGGAGGUGCUGCUCCUAGGGCUGAAGGACAAGGAGGGCUACACCUCCUUCUGGAACGACUGCAUCUCCUCGGGCCUGCGGGGCGGCAUCCUCAUCGAGCUGGCUCUGCGCGGCCGCAUCCGCCUGGAGCCACUCUCUGUCAGGAAGAAGAGGCUGCUGGAGAGAAAGGUGCUCCUGAGCUCAGAUGCACCGACUGGUGACGUCUUGCUGGAUGAGACCCUCCGACACAUCAAGGCCACAGAACCUGCAGAAACGGUGCAAACCUGGAUAGAGCUGCUCACUGGGGAGACCUGGAACCCCUUCAAGCUGCAGUACCAGCUGAGGAACGUGCGUGAGCGCAUUGCCAAGGCACUGGUGGAGAAGGGCAUCCUCACCACGGAGAAGCAGAACUUCCUGCUCUUCGACAUGACCACCCACCCUGUCAGCAACAUCACUGAGAAGCAGCGCUUGGUGAAGAAGCUCCAAGAGAGCCUGCUGGAGCGAUGGGUGAAUGACCCACACCGCAUGGACCGCAGGACUCUAGCUCUCCUGGUGCUGGCCCACUCUUCUGAUGUGCUGGAGAACGUUUUUGCCUGCCUGGCUGAUGACAAGUACAAUGUAGCAAUGAACAGGACCAAGGACCUCCUUGAUAUGGACCCUGAGGUGGAAGCUGCCAAAGCCAGGGGUGCAGAGAUGAUCUGGGCUGUCCUGGCAGCCUUCAACAAGUCCUAAAAAGCCCCUGAACCCCCUCAAAGGAGAUGGGGGAGCCCCAACCCCUUGACACAAGGCUGCAGAAACUUGGGUACAGAGUUCCUGCAGCAGCAGGUGGUCUCAGCUCAGGGGGGCCAAGGGGUUUUGCUCUCCCCCAGGCAUGAGUGAGGGUGACAGUCCACCUGCAUGGACAGGUCAUGCACUCCCAAAAACGCUGGUGCCUCCAGAGAGAGAUGGCAGCAGCUCUUCCUUCCCCUUCCAGCACUCCUGGUCCAUGGGCUUCCCUCUCAGGCCAGUGCAGUGCUGGGAGGUGCCAGAACCCAGCCCUGCAAGCAGGACCUGAACUGCUCCCAUGGGCCAAACCCUGCCAGAAAGGGGGCUGCAGAGCUCCUGGUGCACUGGCUUGACUGGUGCUUCCAUGGCUCAGUCUUCCACACAUGGGUCUUGCCUUUGAGCUGCCUGGGCAGUGGGUUCCCUGUGAAGCACUCUGACAACCCCUUGGGACGAGGUGGGCAGAGGAGUAGGCAGGAAGCCAGUUCAGGGGUGUCUAGGGGGCUGGGACCACCCCAUGCACCGGCCAGGGCAGCCCAGAGCCCUGGGUGCAGUUCACCAUUGGGGUGACCUGCAAAGAUGAGGCCCCCACACGAGCCUGUGCCACCCCAGCUCUUCCCCCACUGCACACCUGUUCUUUCUAGUAUGAAGAAAAGCUAAACUAUGAUUUAUCUUUUUUUAACACCCCCCUUUGUUCUACCCUCACUCCCCUGUUGUCCAUUUAAACGUGUUUCUCUGCAGCCUAA